CCUAUUUUUCACUCUAUUAUAGAGUGAGAAAUAGAGUACCAUUGGAACAUUUUUUACUCUAAACUCUAUUUUAAAAUAAAAAAUAGAGUAGGGUUGGAGAUACUCUUAGAGCAUCAUUAUUCCAGUCUCUAAAAGGGUAUUUUAGCCUAAUUGGAAUUAAAAAUAAAAUGAAAAAUACAUUAAUAAGAAAGAUACGUCUCUUAAUCAAGGAAAGGAAGGGAGGUCUCUUGUGGACAGGUGUCCAAAAAUGAGUGGGGAAGGGUAUUUCGGCUCCUCUCUCUCCCGACUUCUCUCCUCUUUUGGCUUCUCUGGGACAUCACCUCUUUUGCCCAUCCUCCUCAUCACUCAAUCUCCUAUACCCACUAAAAUCAUCUAUACCCAUAACUCUUUAAUGAAUUGUGGAAAGACUAAACUGACCUUGAUUUGGGGGGAUGGGUUGAAUGAAAAUCGAAAAUUGUAAUGUGAUUGGGUUGGGUUUGUGAUUGAAAAUCGUUGGUUUGGGAAGUUUGGUUAAUGGUUUUAUUAAAAAAAAAUUAAUUGAGAAAAGCUAAAUCCCAUCUUCUUCCUCCCCGCAGCUCCCCGAGCAGCUCCCUCCCCCAUCCCCGCUCCCCCAUCCGGCUCUGUCGCCGCAGCUUCUCUCCUCCUCCUCCAUUUUCAAAGUGUUUCCGGAGGUCUAGCAUUCCAUCGGCGCAAAUAUAGUUGGGUAUUGCAGGUAAACUCAGGUCCCCCAACUUCUCUUGAGAAAUGCAUGUAUUUGGAAUCGAGCUAGGAGCAAUGCACAACAGCAUUGUUUAGUUGAUGGGUCAAUUAGUAUAGCGAUUUGGUAUAAAAUGUAUUAAUGUGGUUGAAUUAAACGUUGAUAGAUGCGAUUCGAAACCUAGUGUUUUGGAUUAUUGUUGGAAAACUGGGAAAAGUAGAAUAACUAGGAAAACUCGAACAACUGGUAUAACUUUGUUGAUCUUGUGCGAUAUUUUUGGCAGGAUAGAAUGACUAAUAACGUAUUCGUACAUUUUACAUAUGAAGACUGCAUGUAUGGUAUAUCUGUGAAGGCAUCAGUGGAGGAUGUGACGCUGUCAAUGUUAUAAGAAAAGAUAUAUAAGAAGCUUGGGUUGGAUGAACGUAAGGAAAAACUGAAAUUGAGCUACAUUCCGAUGGUGAUACGUUGCAAGAAAGCUGUAACUAUUGCUGAUGAUGACGAUCUUUAUGUUUACCUCGGAUGUGUCGAUAAAGAGAACCAAAGAUGUCUUUUGGUUGUGGAGAGUAGUGAAAGGUCGGGAGCGAGACCACAAGAUAAACUUUCGAUAGCGGGUAAAAGUUCUGUUGGUAUGAACUACAACGAUUUGCAGCUAUUGGAACAUGAAGUUGGACCUAAUGCCAUUACAUUGUACGUUGGUGAGAACCAGGGGAAUAACGAGGUGAGUGCUAAAGAGACUGGUACUGGUAUGGAGACUGAUACUGGUAUGGAGACUGAUACGCCUGCGGAGACUGAUACGGCUGCGGAGACUGAUACAGGUAUGGAGAAUGAUACGGCUGCGGAGACUGAUACUGGUAUGGAGAAUGAUACUGCUGCGGAGAAUGAAACGGCUGCGGAGACUGAUACGGCUGCGGAGAAUGAAACGGCUGCGGAGACUGAUACCGUACAUCCAACCGCCGAUAAGUAUGUUGAAGAGCCACCUGCAAUAGUACGGAGUAGUUGUAUAGAGGAAUGGGGCGAUGGUUUGAGUCUCAAUAAACAUGACGAAUUUCCAAGUAAGAAGGCAAUUCAGGAGAUGGUGGAUAGAGCUGCAUAUUGUGAAUGUUAUCGUUAUGUCACUAAAAAGUCUGAUCGAAAUCGAUUGGUGAUAACAUGUUCGCAAGCUGACUGCAAAUGGGUAAUACGAGCUUCAAGGAUUGCUGGGACAGAAAUUUUCUCAAUAAAAAGCUACACGAAGAUGCAUACAUGCUCGCGGACACAACAAAGUGACAGCAACGACAAGAGAAGAGCGUCAGCAGAAGUAGUGGCAAGUUUUUUGAAUGAGGAAUUCCCAGGAGAUAUGCAAACUCCAACUCCAAAAGAUAUUAAGGCUCUGGUUAAGUCCAAACUUGGUGUCAUGAUAUCCUACUCCACAGCAUUGCGUGGAAAGAAUUUGGCUUCUUGUGAUACACGUGGUAGUCCGGAAGAUAGCUACAGGAUGAUGUAUAGCUAUUUGUACAUGUUAGAGAAAAUGAACACGAGAACAAAAACUAGUGUGAAAUUGGAUGACUCAGGUAAAUUCAAGUACCUCUUCAUAGCGUUAGGAGCUUGCAUUGAAGGGUUUGCAGUUAUGAGAAAAGUGAUUGUUGUCGAUGCAACAUGGCUAAAGAACGGAUAUGGGGGUGUUCUAAUUUUUGCCAAAGCUCAAGAUCCUAACCGUCAUUGCUAUCCACUUGCGUUUGCUGUACUUGAUGGAGAGAAUCAUGCUAGUUGGACCUGGUUUUUUGAGAUGCUUAGAAGCGUUAUACCAGACUCUUCUGAACUGGUUUUCAUGAGUGAUAGAAAUCCAAGUCUGAUAUUUGCAAUAGCAAACGUGUACCCUCAGGCUCACCAUGGUCAUUUUUUAUGGCAUUUGAAGGAAAAUGUUAAAGGGCAUGCUUCUAACGUCACCAAAGAUGUAGUCGGGCAUAGAUUCAUGGAGUUGGGAAAGAUGUACACAAUGGCGUAUUGCAGGACAAUUUAUGCUGUGCCAGACAUGUCUGUAUGGGAAGUCCCGGAUCACAUCAGGGAGCUGAAGAUCAUACCUCCGGAUCCUAUCAAGCGGAAGGGAAGGAAAAGAGUUAAUAGACUUCCAUCUGGUGGAGAACGCCGUAGGAGGACACAGAACAAAAAGCGGCCUAGGCAAAAUUUUGGUUUCAAUUGGCUGUUAUUUGGAAAUGGUUCAAGCCCUUCAGAGCAGAACACGGCCUAACCACAACUUGUUACUCUGUGUAAUUUGUAUUUUUUUCGGAAAACUCUGGAAAACUAUUUUUUCUUCUUUGUAAAACUGCAUUGUGUUUCGAGUGUGACAUUAUUAUUAUGUAGAUGCAAACUUGAUUCGUUAUGACAUUUACUAUUAUGAUUACUCUAGUCUGACUAAUAAUUCAAUUAAACAUGUUUUUUUCAAAACUUUCUCAAAAAUUAUGAAAACUCUUACUAUCUCCAUAAUAAACCUUAUAGUUUCACUCACACUUUGUGAAUGAAGAACAUGUCACAAAAGAGAUUAUCAGGUAAUGUUUGUUUCCCAAAUAUUUGUGCAGUGAACAAGAUAAAUAUCAUGUUCAAGUACUAAAAUCGAAAGUAAAACAAGAAAACCAAACUGAAAGCACUGGUAACACUGAAUAAAUUAUAAACCACAGAAAGUACAACUAUGAGCAAAUCUCGUAAAACUAGUAUCUUAUGUAAAACUAAGAACAAAUUUCGGGGAGGGAAAUGAAAUUACAUUGGCGCCAAAACAUAUGAGGGAAAAUAAUUAUUUUAAUUAUUUUAACUAUUUUCAUUUUUUUUCUCUAUUUUCUUCCAUUUCCCCUCUAUGUCACGUCCCAUCUCUCUCUCUCUCCACUCCAUCCCUCUACUUCUCCUCCCCCUUCUUUACCGAGCCAUCUCUCUCUCUCUCUCCACUCCAUCCCUCAUUCCUCUCUCUCGAUCUCUUUCGGUUUCUCCCAUUUCUCUCUGACAGUAAGAACUGAAGCAUGACUCAUCCCGACGAGGAGUACAGUCACAUGAAGGCCUUGAAGAGACACAACGACAUGCUUGGUUUCGUGGCUGAUGCACAGUACGGCGUCCCGACCAAGUGCCCGUGUGGUGGAGGUAUCAUUCCCGAGGUAUCUCCGUGUAACAAGUUUCCCAAUGAUUUUGAUACGCAACCUGGAAGGAGGUACUUCACCUGCAAAAACUUUGAGGUAAUUUUCAUGUCGUGCAAAACUGGUAAAACUUGUAUAACUAGAACCUGCUAAGCAGGUAAAACUUGCAUAACUAGGAAAACUAGGAAAACUAGGAAAACUAGAAAACUAGGAAAACUAGGAAAACUAGGAAACUGGUAAAACUGGAAAACUUGAAAAACUUGUAUAACUUGUGAUAAAACUUGUGCAGAAUAAUGGUCUCCACUUUCGUACGCCGUGGGUGUUCGCGAUUCAGGACGAGGUUACUAAGUUAGUAGACCGUGUCAAAGAGAUGGCUGAGGAGAUUGAUCGCCUCAAGGCUCAGCUUUACCAACUCCACCGUCCAUGAUCCCAUCUUGUUGCUCUAAGUUGUUGUUGUUCUAAGUUGUUGUUGUUGUUGUUCUAUGUCGUAUGAUGGUACUUUGAUCCAUGUUGCUACUUUCCUUCUCUAUGUGUGUGUCUUAUGACUCUAUGUGUGUGUCUUAUGACUUAAACUAUCUAUCUAAUGUUUAUGUGUUUUGUGGUUUACUUCUCUAUGCGUGUGUCUUGUGACAUUAUACUAAAAUAACAAGUUUGCAACAUCAAACCAAAAUCAAGAAAAUGAUUAACUAAAAGUCGAAAAAUGAUUAACUAAAGUCACAGACCAAAUCUAUAUCAUCAUUCAGGACGUGAAAAUGAUUAACCAAAAGUUCAAAGUACCAAAAAGCAAACAUAUAAAAGACACACAAAAUAAGUUCAAAGCACAAGACAUUGUGCUCUUAAGAUCAAGUCACAACCAACAUAGACGCGUCCCCAACUAGAACACAUGAUCUUCCUAGUUCACCCGGGAGGAAGAAGCAAUGUCACCUGCAGAUUUAAGACACUCCUUACUUGGAGCACAGACACACAUCAAUGGCCAAGUGUUCCCAUCUCCAACCACAUUGAAGACAAAGCUGUCUCCAAUGUGGCAUUUGUUUUCAGCACAGAACUUUCUCCACCCUUUGAUGUAGUAGAAGCCGCCUGAUUCGUUAAAUCGCAUUGACACAUUCCACGCCUUUCCCUCUAUGUUCACUAGUUUCGCCUUUUUGCAUUCUUUGUUCAGAGCAUUACAACCAGUAGCCCCCACAGGGAGAUCCUGCAACAAAAGAACAUAAACAUAUGUGUCAGAACAACAUAAAGAUGUGUAAGUACACAAAAGAACACUCGUUUCACUCACAAGUUUGUCUUCACGGACAUUAGAAUCCGUGACCUCAGCCUUAAAACAGUAGUCCCACGAGUAAGAAAACCUUGCCCCUAUUCCUGCUGAAACACAAGAAACAAACAACAACUUCAAAAAACCUCAUAAGUAACCUAUGCUAGUACGGUGACUUUGAAUCACACUAACUAUUGUUCUGGUGGUCAUGGGCUUCUUCCAUUGAGUUGGGAUAUGUGUACUGGAUGUCACAGCAGCUCGGACCAAAAGGAGUGACGUGAAAGACCAUGGAACCUUUGAGUUUGAAGAUGACAAUGUCUCCUAUUCGAAGGUCAUGUGCCUCAGCGAACUCCUUCCAACCUCGGGUGAGUCGCCUCUCUUCUUGUAUCACUUGCCAUGUUUGAUCCAUAGAGUCGGAUGUUAGUGUCCAUGUGUUCCCAUUCGUCUUCCCUUGGAUGUGCUUGGAGAAAAAUACAAUGGGUAUUGUCUGCAAUCAAGAUUUGAGGUAAGUUACACAAACAAGGAAGAAAUCAGGUUCUUGCAAUCAAGAAAAGGCAAUACAGAGAGUGUGUUUAACAAGUAAGUCUGGAAUCCAGGAAGCAAAGGUUGGAAGAAAUGAGGUUCUUGCGGUUGCACCAUCUGCAAACAAGAAACAAAAAUUAGACAAAUCAACUAAGUUAGACAAAUCACGGACCAAAUCAAGAAACAAAAGCUAGACAAAGUUAGACGCAUGUCAAGGAACUUGCUAAAAUCACAGACCAAAUCUAUAUCAUUCUAUAUCAUUUUCAGUUUUAUUUAACCAUUUGCUAUAACCGAAAACUAGCAAAUGAACUCAAUCAAGCAUCAUGAACUCCAUCGACUGAGCUAGCAUAAAAUUCUCAAUCAAGCAUCAUGCACUCGAUAUAACCAAAACUAGCGUCAUGAACUCGAUCAACAGAUCUAAUUCAUGAACUCAAUCAAUCAAAUACGCUAAGCAAAGCCGUCACUCGAUCGAUGGACCGAAUCUAAAAACCCUAAGCAACUUAAUUAACCAUUUGGUGGUGUCGCCAUCUAAAAAACCCUAAGCAACACUAAACAAAGCCGACGUUUUCUCCAACCCUAAAGAAAUGAACCGACGUUUUGUAGUUUCUUCAUAAAAAUGGUAAACUCGAUCGAUGGAGAAACAGAACCGACGAGGAAGACAUACCUUCGGUUGUGUCGCUAUCGGUGGGAUUGGCCGUCGCUGGUCUCCUCUUCGGUGGGAUUGGCCGUCGCUGGUGGUCUCCCUCGGUUGUGUCGCCGAAGUGUCAAGAGAGGGAAGGGCUUCCCGAAAAUGGGAGGGAAUCGGGUUUGGUUUGGAGAUUUAAGAAAGUGAAUUGGUACCAUUCAGUUUUUGGACGGUUAGGUUUUAAUUUCGGGUCGAAAUUAGGGAUUGGUUCGUGGUUCAACUCAAUUCGGUUAUUACUUCGGUUAAGGUAGGUACAACCGGUAAAUACUUCAAAUGUUCUAGGGUUAAAUGUAAUUUCCGGUUUUUUAUUUAACUUACCAUUUUUGUUUUGUUUUCAUAUCUUAUGGAGAUUAGAGAUAUAGCUGGGUGGGUAUAGGAGAUGAUGUCCCGGCUUCUCUUCGCAAGUCAUCUUGACUCUCCCUUACAGAUUCCGAAUCAGCAUCCAUGGAUGGAAGAGAUAACAGACGGAGUGAACAAGAUGAACUUGGCCAUUGAUUCCCAGAAGAAGAACCGGAUUCAAGUUUCCAACACCAAGAAACCAUUGUUCUUCUACGUCAACCUCGCCAAGUCGGUGGAACCAGAUGGUGAAUCAUAUCGGAUUACCUGGAAGCAAAACGUUUGCAGAACAAGUUGAGAUUUUGUCUCAAAGGUAUUGCCCUGACAUAGCUGAAGACAGAAGAUUUUGACAGCAGACCUUUUGUUCCUGAAGAUUAAUCAAUUCUAGUAAGAGAGUUUCUUGUUCCUUUUUUGUGUUCUACGUUAAGGUCAACUUAUGUUUUGUGAGCUUGAAAAACUAUGUUAAGGUUUUUGAUCGUGUUCAUCUUUUUUUUUUUUCUUUGUGCAUUAAUGUUUAUCAAUCAUAAGAAUAUCUAGUGGAUAUAUCCAUAAAUUAUUUGUGUUCUAGAUAUGUCACAAGAGUCCAGCAUUGAUGUUGCAGUAAAAUGAUAUAUGAGUUUCGUUACUUGUACUUUGCUUGGCUUGGAAUACAGCUAAUCGUCUUCUAUUACAAGGCAUCUUCUAGUUCAAAUUCUAUCUAUUGGUUACAGGUCCUGAGGUUUGAGUAACCUUUGAAUCUUGCUGAUCGUUGAAAAAGAGAAGUGGGAUAAAGAUCUUUAAAAACAGAUUGGGUUUCUGCUUUCGUCCAUAAACAAACAAUAAACCAAGCAAAGAAAUUGUAUUAUUGAUAAGAUAAGUGAAUAGUAUAAAUCACUAAACAGAUGAACUUUUCGUGAGAUAUCAAAAUUUGAUUCUUUGUUUUUUUGGUCUUGCAGAUUGAAAUUACGCUUGGGAAGUCAGAGAAGUUUGAUGAGCUAAUGGCUGCAGCCAAUGAAGAAAAGGAAGAGCAGCAGAAGCUCAGGUCCAGAGCUGAACAUAGCUUACUCCUUAUCUCUGAUGCCUUUGUGUUUAUUCAUACUCAAACUCAAGUACUGUCUCCUCCCCUUUUCUCAUCUCACUCACACACUCUCUCUCGUUGCAGAACCUUCUCCUUCCAUCUCUCUUGUUAGUUGAUUUCAUUACUUGGUUCUUUAUAAUAAGUCCUUUUAAGUGACA